GAUGGUUCUCUCAUACACCUUUUUACUGUUCUGGAUUAUUGAGAGAGGUUUGGUGGUGAAUGGCAAGAUGGUGGUGAAAUUGAUGCUUUUGCUCAUGAGUUACUACUCUGCUUAUGGUUUGCCAGGUAAGGGCUUCCCUUUAGCUGUUGAUGACGGGAAUGACACUGAGGUUCUGUGGGGUGAGAAGUUGAGGUUUGAUGACGAAUCUGAACCCAAGGUCAGAUCUCGUUCCCAAAUCGUGGCCACUCCCAUGUUGGAGCAUUCUCGUAAGUUUGACUAUCUGAAGCUACCAGAAUACAUCCCUAUUCGUGCUUCUGAGGACCAAGCGGAUGUCUUCAAGCCCGAAGGGAAGUUCAGGCCGCUGCCACUCUCAGUCAAGCACAUCCUGCUGCCCACUGCCUCUCCUCCCACCACUCCUCCAGCUCACUCUAAGAAGGUUGAGGUCCUGUGCCACCUCGACAGGAUUUAUGUGAGAAUCAGAAAGGACGCCUUCACCAACCCCGACGCCUGCAAGUACCUCAAACUCCACAAAUGCAAAGUCAACAAAUCCACCGCGGAACACUACUACAUGCUCUACAACAUCAAAAGCUGUAGCUUCCAUAGAAAGUGUACCGCUGACUAUAUUUCCUACUCCAACGUGCUGAAGUACGAGCCAGAGGCCAUAGGCGGUAUUGUGAGGGAGUUGCCAUUCUCUGUUCACAUCGAAUGCCGCUACAAUCGGAUCCACCACUCUUACAAGUUUGGCUUUCAUCCUCGUUUGGCGGGAAAAGUCUUCAAGGCCCUUAAAUCCAAGGUUGGCGUCACCCUCAUAUCUUAUGAUGAAUCAUGGAACAAGCUCACUGGAAAUAAAACCUAUAUCAUUGGACAACCAAUGUACUUUGAGGCCAAAGUUCCCACUAUUUCUUUGCAUCGGCGGGUGUAUAUUAACAACUGUUAUGUGACUGCUAGCCCCAACUCCACUCUCAAAUACACUGUGGUCGACAACUAUGGAUGCAUGGUGGAUGGCAAGAAUACUGUCCAGUCAAAGUUCCUGUCACACACAACCAACAAUGCUUUGAGGUUCACUGUCGGAGCUUUCAUCUUCCAGGGCCUGGACAAUCAGAAACUCCACUUGCACUGUGAAAUAACUACAGGGAAUGUCACUCCAACUCCAAGUUUCAAAUCCUGCAACUAUGACACAAAGACUAAAAAGUGGGUGGAACUGUGUGGUGAAGCUGCGGUUUGCUCAUGCUGUGUCGGCUCUUGUCCUUCUCCUUCUCUACAACCCUCCGCUCACGCACAAACUGUGACCAGUCAUUUUAUGACGAUGGCCCAUGACGACCAUGCUAAAAAUAAAACAUGGAGCGUGGGAACCUUCACCGAUGGGGCUACUGAAGGUGCUGUUGGGAGGGUUUGAGCAGUGGACAGUUCUUUUGAUAAAAUAAACUUUUUAAAUUAU